UUGUGUCCUUUCUUUCAGGUAAUGAGCAUAUUCUUGAGACCACCAGUGUCAAGUGAGAUAUCAGGUUAGCCCCAGCUCAGAUAAAAUUAUGGCCUUGAGGGUUCUUGUGGGAUGCAAGAGAGUGAUCGACUAUGCUGUGCGGAUUCGAGUGAAGCCUGACAAGACAGGGGUUGUGACUGAUGGCAUUAAACAUUCUAUGAAUCCAUUUGAUGAAAUUGCUGUUGAAGAAGCUGUGAGGAUGAAGGAGAAAAAGAUUGCGAGUGAAGUCAUUGCUGUGUCUUGUGGACCUAUGCAGAGUCAAGAGACAUUGAGAACAGCCUUAGCAAUGGGUGUAGAUAGGGGGAUUCAUGUGGAUGUGUCAGGGAAAGAUUAUGAAUUGCUACAACCAAUCCAUGUCUCCAAGAUCCUUGCCAAGAUUGCUCAAGAAGAGAAAUGUGACAUCAUUCUUCUUGGCAAGCAAGCAAUUGAUGAUGAUUCCAAUCAAACUGCACAGAUGACUGCUUCAUUAUUGAAUUGGCCUCAAGCUACAUAUGCGUCAAAGAUAGAGAAGACGAAUGGAGAGUUGCAAGUGUUACGUGAGAUUGAUGGAGGAUUGGAGACUGUCAGAGUGAAAAUCCCUGCUGUGAUUAGUGCAGACCUCCGGUUGAAUGAGCCUCGCUAUGCUACACUGCCGAAUAUCAUGAAAGCUAAGAAGAAACCAAUAAAAAAAGUAACACCUGGAGACUUGGGUGUGGAGACAGAUCCAAGAAUAGAAAUCCUAUCUGUUGAAGAUCCUCCUGAAAGGCAGGCUGGAAUCAAAGUCGAAGAUGUUGAUACACUCAUUGCUAAGCUCAAGGAAGUUGGCAGGAUAUGACUCAGGAGGCUGGAAGAAGCCUACCUGGGAGGAUAUAUGGUGUUCAAUGGUCUCAUAUCAAGAUUAUUCUUCUAUGAAAAAUUUCAUCCAGAGUAUGCAUCUCAAGCAGGAGAAGAAGAGGAUGUGAUUUGAUUUUGGCGUGUUUGUACUCAUUGAUCUAGGUCUGCAUUAUGGUGCCUGUUUUAAUAAGGUGCAAUGGUAGCUUGCUUUUAUUCUUGAUAUCCUUUAGGGAAGAUAUGCAGGGUGUUCAUAUUUAAAUUUUACAUAAUGAAUAUUCAUUUGUCUGCCUGUAGAGUCAGGUCUGUGUAGCAAGGCUCACCUGAUUGUAUGCAUCCUUAAAGCUAUGCAAUUGUGCCAUAAAGUUAAGUAGGUGUAAAAUCAAGUUACAAUGACAUGCUCCAGAGCAUUGGAAUGACCUUGGACAAGCAUAAUAGGUAGGUGCUUGGAUAUUCCAUGUGUUGCUUUUUAAUGUGAACACCCUGUAAUAAGUUCCCUUUGGCAUAACAUUUGUCAAUCAAACAACUAUUUUGCUGACAUGGCAUAGUCCAAUCUGCAUUACAUAAAAAUACAUACUGGGAAUUAUGAGGCAAGCAAACAUGAACAAGUAAAUAACAGGAAGAACAGCUCUCUCACUCACCAUGCAUCAAGCAAGAAUUGUUGUGAGACAGAUUGAGCCAAUCCAUUGCAGUUAGUGGCAUGGUACAGAAUGACUUUAGCUGUGUUGCCCUUAGAAUGAAGAGUACUUUCAAUUCUACUCAUGAUUCCUGACAUUUGGUGUUGGCCACAAAACAGGUUCAAUUGGCUGUUGCUCUGAGCCAGUCAUACACCUGAACCCAUUGAAUGGCAUCAACAACAUUGCCUGAAACAUCAGUGACAUUUCCUCUUUAAUUCUCUUUUGCCUGACAUUUCCCUACAGUGUGGUGACACUCAUUUGCUGCUUUCUGAAGUUACUGCAAGGCUGUGGCUGAUCAUUGUGUUAGCUUGUUGACCUUGGAUUUUGCAUAUAUCUGCAGGGUGUUCCAUAAGUCCCUUGCCCCCCCCCCCUCCUUUUUUUUUUCUUGUAGAAUAGUGGCAGC